AUGAGCCAGAAAAGGUGGAACCAGGGCGGGUCUAGGAACCAGCGUCGUAGGCGUGGCCUAAGUUAUCGCAUCCUAUUGGCGUAUGGGAAGAUCAAAGGGAGAGGGCGUGGUCAGAACGCCCUCAGCCAGGAGGACGGGGUGCGCGCGCAGCUCACUGCCCGUUCCUGGUCUCCAUUGCAGGAUUCUAGUUACCUGGAGGACUUGAGAGGCCGCUCUCUCGCCCCCGCCCUGGACUCUCCGGCGCUGCAGACUCCCCCAAGACGGGGGCCCCGGACCCCAGGGCUCAGGAGGACUCAACCAGGACCUUCCAAAAGUUUCCGCGGGGCCUUCCGAUCCCCUCGGCCAUCUCCCAAGUCUGGUCAGGCUGAUGGGGCCAGCGAGGAUUCUUUGCACCUUGAUACUGAGAAACUGAAGGAGAAGAGGGCCAUGCUGGACAAGGAGAUCGCCCAGUUAAUGUCUGAAGGCUAUAAUGUAGAUGAACUGGAGGACCAUAUCGCACAGCUGCAUGAGUAUAAUGACAUUAAGGAUGUGGGCCAGAUGCUGCUGGGAAAACUCGCCAUGAUCCGAGGUGUCACCACCAAAGAGUUGUAUCCAGAAUUUGACCUGGACAUGAAUGACUGAGCUGGGACAGGGAUGUGGACACAAGAGCCCAACCAGCACACCUCCAGGCUUUCUAGCAAGAAAGUGUCAGAAACCCUGUUCUAGAAAAUCCAGGCUGAGUCAAGAGUGGGACAGAAAAGAAGUGGUAUUCCCAUGUCUGAGGUUCCUGUGGAGGUGUGUCUGUAUCCUGUUUGUAAAUAAACGUCUGGGCGAUCUUGGUGUGAA